CACUGAAGAUGCCUGAUGUCCUGCACGCUCUGCCAGACAAGAAAACAACCUUUGAUAUUAUGGUUGUCACCAAACUGCUCAGCAGCAAGGGUGUCAAGAGUCUGGGGGACUUCGAGGUUCAAUAUGUGUUUGAUCCAAAAGCGACUGUUGUUCAAGAGGAAUUCCGGGCAGAUCUUAAAGAAGUCGGGAGGGUGAUUGAGGAGCGAAAUAAGACACGGAACCCGACCUAUGACUAUCUUCAUCCCGACGCUAUCCCAAAUUCUAUCAGUAUCUAGCCGUCCCGGUAUUACUGUUCAUGAAUAUGUGAACUAGUUUGAACAAUUAGCAUUUACUUCAAAUGGCAGAAGGUAAUGUAGUGUACCGACGAGCACAGAGUAAGCACUACGUUAGAUGUAAUGGAAAUGUACCCUGAUGUGAGAUCACUAACACUAGGUUCUACGCACUA